UCUUCCUUUGGUUUCCGGGCACUGUCCCCUUCCAACUGUUCAAGCCAAGGAGAGAGGGGUCUUCUUCUCCCUUCUCUCUCGCUUUUUCUUCUUCUCCCAAUCUCGAAGCAAGGGCGACCAGCAUCCGAUCGAGGGAGAGCGAGCGAGAGACCGCUUCAUGCUAUCUUGAUCCUUCUAGAUCGUUUUGAUGCCUCGAUUCGGCUCAAACCCGUCGAUUUGGGGGCGGAAGGUUGCGGCUUUAGAUUCUGCGGGGCUUUAAUUUGGACCGAUUUCGAUUUCUGGGUGGUGGGUGGGAUCGAGUUUGUUGGAUUGUAGAGAAGAGGAGAGAAGAGAAGAGGUAAAAGGGAGCAUCCUUGAUCAUUCUCUGAACCCUUGUAUCUUGGAGGAAGAAGGGACUCUCCGGAAUGGAGUGAAUUCUCUUUUCCUUCUUGAUCUGUGCCUUACAAUGCUUUCCUGAGUCUGAAUUUUGUUUUUUUGGAUGUGGAUUUUCCUGAAAAACUGUCUCUUUAGAUGAGAACCAGUAUCAUUCACUUAUGGUGGAAAUUGACUUGAGAAUGGACAACAAAUUACUUCAAAAAUUUGAAAGUUGAGGCUGUUGUGAACUGCUGAAGAUCAUUUUCUCUUGAAUUGCAGAAUAUUUGGCAUUAUCAAAGCAUUUUUCCUGUAGGAGAAUUUUAAGGUGUUAAAGUUGUCCUUUUUUUCCACUUUGGUUGCCUUUUUCCAACUAUGAUCAAGCAAAUAUUAGGACGGCUCCCUCGGAAGCCGUCAAAGUCUGCAGAUAAUCGGGGUCAGAGUGGUGGAUCAGCUAAUUCAUUGCCAAAUUCUUCUACCAGUUCAAGAAGUGGUGAUUUGCCAGUUGUGGGUCUGAACAGUCAGGUCCUUCCUGGCUUGAAUCAGGGGUUAAAUCAUGGUAGCAAAUACCCUCCAGCAAUUAACUCGAAACUGAAUGGCAAUUCAGUCUCCCUGUCUUAUGAAGCAUUGCCAAGCUUUAGGGAUGUCCCAAACUCUGAAAAGCAGAAUUUAUUUAUCAAAAAGUUGAAUUUGUGUAGUGUCGUGUUUAACUUCACUGACCCAACAAAGAAUUUGAAAGAGAAGGAUGUAAAGCGGCAGACAUUGUUAGAGCUUGUUGACUAUGUUACUUCGGCUAAUGGGAAAUUUCCUGAGAACAUCAUGCAAGAGAUCAUCAGAAUGGUAUCAAUAAACUUGUUCCGGAGCCUCACUUCCCCUCCCAGAGAGAAUAAAGUUUUGGAAGCCUUCGAUUUGGAAGAGGAAGAGGCUGUAAUGGACCCAGCAUGGCCACACUUGCAAAUUGUUUAUGAGCUUUUCUUAAGGUUUGUUGCAUCUCCUGAGACUGAUGCCAAGUUGGCUAAAAGAUACAUAGAUCAUUCCUUUAUUCUUAGGCUACUUGAUCUCUUUGACUCUGAAGACCCUAGAGAGAGGGAGUACUUGAAGACAAUACUUCACCGUAUUUAUGGAAAAUUUAUGGUGCACCGUCCAUUCAUCAGGAAAGGUAUUAACAAUAUUUUCUACCGGUUUAUCUUUGAAACUGAAAAGUUCAAUGGGAUUGCAGAGCUCUUGGAGAUCUUGGGAAGUAUUAUCAACGGAUUUGCUCUGCCCCUGAAAGAAGAGCAUAAAUUGUUCCUUGUUCGAGCAUUAAUCCCCCUUCACAAGCCAAAGUGCAUAGCCAUGUACCAUCAACAGUUAUCAUACUGCAUCACUCAGUUUGUUGAGAAGGACUGCAAGCUUGCGGAUACUGUUAUAAGGGGUCUGUUGAAAUACUGGCCCAUCACAAAUAGUUCAAAAGAAGUAAUGUUCUUGGGGGAGCUGGAGGAGGUUCUAGAGGCAACUCAGCCUGCAGAAUUUCAGCGAUGUAUGGUUGCUCUCUUCCGCCAGAUUGCCCGCUGCUUAAAUAGUUCACACUUUCAGGUUGCAGAGAGAGCAUUAUUUUUGUGGAACAAUGAUCAUAUUGAAAACUCAAUCAAACAAAACCGUAAGGUGAUCUUACCAAUCAUCUUCCCUGUGUUAGAGAGAAAUGCAAAGACUCACUGGAACCAAGCUGUUCAGAGCCUCACGCUGAAUGUUCGCAAGAUAUUCUCUGAUCAUGAUCCUGAGCUAUUUGCAGAGUGCUUAAAGAAGUUUGAGGAAGAUGAAGCGAAAGAACAGGAGAUUAAAUCAAAACGUGAAUCCACAUGGAGGCGCCUAGAAGAAAUUGCCACUUCGAAAGCUGCGAGUAAUGAGGCUGUUCUUGUUCCUCGUACCGUGCCCCAUCAAGUUUCUUCUCGCUGAUACCAUGUCAAUUUGGUAGCUCAAUAUACUCAGUCAUUUGACUGGAUUAUGAUCUUGGAAAUGGAUUUAUUGAUUACUCAUGGAUUGUUGCUCACCCUUUGCUUCUGGAUUGUUUGGGUUGUCAGGUCCUCGGAGAUCCAUUAACACUGUACAGGGUUAAACUGUAUAUAGGAGGUGCGAAAGACAUGAAGCAACAAAAAUGCCGAAAACCUCUUGAACUGUUCGACGGCCACAGUAGGACAGAGCGCAACCUGUCAGUUCUGACAUUCUGCUUGAUAUGCGAAAGAGUUGUAUGCUCCAAAUUUGCAGAUGUCUACUUUAUCUUCCUUUCAGAUUCUGGUUAUGAUUUGUUGGAAUAUUUAUUCGAGCAGUUCUCAUUUGUUGAUGGUUGUCCUUUUCCAAAAAAAUGAUGGUUGAUGAAUGAAACUUUUUUUCGCAUGAGUCAUGAAUACAAUUAUUCUCGCUUCUUUCUUUUUCUUUAA